GUAAAAUACGCAUCCCCUGGAUCGAUAAUCGCCAGAGUUCCGUUUCCCCUACCAACAGGGGGACGUGUUUAACCAGUGCACCAGUUUAAUGUUGUAACUUUCGUUUCCUGAAUCGGCCAAGUGUCAGACACGAGUGAAUAUUCAUUUUUAUUUUAACCUAAACCACAUACAUAUCAGCCAACAACUACAUUAAGAAAAUGCUCCGAACAUUGUACCGGACCGGCGGUAUUGUUUUAAAGGUAAGACGCAUGCUAUUUCAAUGCCAGUUAGUUAGCUAGCUUCCUAAGCCAGUUAGCUAGCUAACGUUAGCAUCUAGCCCAAUAUUGGACUAAAGCCUGGAGCCACUGUACAUGUUCUGAUUAAAGGGUUAAAUUGGCUCUGGAAUCCAAAACAGCCAAAUACUCAAUUUCAAUAUGAAUCGAUUCUCAAUUGCAGUACGGUUCUAUAAACAUCAAUCCAACUACUUUCAUAUCGCAUCAAAAUCAUUUCAGAAAUUCCCUUUCAGGAGGACAAUCCUCCUCAGUGGAUUUCAUAAAAAUAUUUUUUUGGAAACGUUUAAAAAUGUAUCCUUUUUUAGAUAAAACUAUACAAAAUAUAUUCACUUGUCACCAAAUAAUUGAUUAAAACACACUGUUUUGCAAUGAAGGUCUACAGUAGCCUCAACAGCCCUCUGUAGGGUAGCACCAUAAUAAUAAUAUAAUAUGCUAUUUAGCAGAUGCUUUUAUCCAAAGCGACUUACAGUCAUGUGUGCAUAAAUUUUUACGUAUGGGUGGUCCCGGGGAUCGAACCCACUACCCUGGCGUUACAAGCGCCAUGCUCUACCAAUUGAGCUACAGAGGACCACAUGGUGUAGCCAGAGGACAGCUAGCUUCUUUCCUCCGUUGGGUACAUUGACUUCAAAACCGAGGCUUCAUGGUUCUCACCUCCUUCCAUAGACUUACACAGUCAUUAUGACGACUUCCGGAGGACGUCCUCCAACCUAUCAGAGCUCUUGUAGCAUGAACUGACAUGUUGUCCACCCAAUCAAAGGAUCAGAGAAUGAAUCUAGUACUGAAAGCAUAAGCUACACCUAGCUAGCACUGCCAUGCAUAAAAUGUGGUGAGUAGUUGACUCGGAGAGAGAAAGACAACAGUUUUGAACAAAUACGUUUCUUCAAAAAUGAAGGAGGAGCAAGAGCGGAACGAGAGAGAGCUAUAUUUCAUAAUAUUAAAUUUAAAAAACGUUCACUCACUUAGCUAGCAUAAGCAGCUAGCUAGUUUAGCCUACUCAAACACCCUGCUCAAAGAGAGGGAUGCUAUGUUAGCGAGCUGGCUAUGACUAUCCUAGCUAGCUGGCUAUGACUAUCCAACACUGGAACACUUCCAAGUCAAGUUAAGCUUUUGGUUUUACUAAUUUAUUUCCACCAGGGCCCACCGGUGUAACUACUGAACUGCUUACUGACUGUACACUGUUCUGCAUGAUUGUAGUGGGUUCUAGUAGCUAUGACGUUACUUUAUCUAAUAUGAUGACAACGAUGUAGGACGUGAGUAUCGGUUAUGAUAUGAAGGUUUGGCUUGGCAAGGUUUUUCGCCUGGUCACAGACAGCUGAUGUGUUGUGCAUCGAAAUCCACAAGCGAAGCGAAAAGGUGAGAGGAGGAGAGUGCGUAGAUGUGAGGAAUACAACGAGCCGUUUGUUUCUGGCAAUGAAAGUUAACUGUUUGCGUGUGAUCAGGGGUGUAUAUAUUCCGCCGAUUCUGUUGAAAAACGUUUCUUAAACGGAAGGAAACAGGGAUACACAUACCUGAAUACCUAUCAAUGUUACAUUGAGCUGGGUAAAUGGAAUAUGAAUGACAGUCAUCCAAUAUGCUGUAAUAUAAAUAAGGCCAUGCUCAUAAAAAGAAAUAAUUGUCCUCCCUCAUCUUAAAAGGCACCGACCGCCACUGCUGUACACUGUUUUAACCAGUUUUAACACAAUUGCAGCCAACAGUAUUUUUCAGUGACAACACAUUUGUGGCGUCCGUCUUCAGUUUACACACCGGUGUUGGGAGACUCAGAUCGACAAGUAACACAGGUAGUCCACUCUGUUUUCUGUCGGUUUUCCAUAAAGAGGUGCUGUAAUAUGGCAGUGUGGGAACCCUAACCCUAUCAAGGUGUGUAUCAAUUUAAUCAUUUGUUUUUUGAUAAUUAUUUAUCGCUGAUAUGAAAGGCGCUGCAUGGACAAUCCAACGUCUGCAUUGGCCUGCAGCAUUUACAGUGAUACGGCGUCUGCAGAAGUCAGGACAUUCAUACUUCUUGCGUUUCACGGAGCAGUGCAGAGCUGUUAAGCAGAGCUGUUGAGCAGGAAGUGAGUUUGUUAAUUUUUUUAUUUCACCUUUAUUUAACCAGGUAAGCCAAUUGAGAACAAGUUCUCAUUUACAACUGCAACCUGGCCAAGAUAAAGCAAAGCAGUGCGAUAAAAACAACAACACAGAGUUACAUAUGGGGUAAACAAAGUCAAAAAUACAACAGAAAAUAUAUGUACAGUGUGUGCGAAUGUAGUAAGUUAUGGAGGUAAGGUAAUAAAUAGGCCAUAGUGCAAAAUAGUUACAAUUUCGUAUAAUACUGGAAUGAUAGAUGUGCAAAAGAUGAUGUACAAAUAGAGAUACUGGGGUGCAAAUUAGCAAAAUAAAUAACAAUAUGGGGAUGAGGUAGUUGGGUGGGCUAAUUUCAGAAAGGCUGUGUACAGGUGCAGUGAUCGGUAAGCUGCUCUGACAACUGAUGCUUAAAGUUAGUGAGGGAGAUAAGUCUCCAGCUUCAGAGAUUUUUGCAGUUCGUUCCAGUCAUUGGCAGCAGAGAACUGGAAGAAAUGGUGGCCAAAGGAGGUGUUGGCUUUGGGGAUGCCCAGUGAGAUAUACCUGCUGGAGCGCAGACUACGGGUGGGUGUUGCUAUGGUGACCAGUGAGCUAAGAUAAGACGGGGAUUUGCCUAGCAGUGAUUUAUAGAUGACCUGGAGCCAGUGGGUUUGGCGACGAAUAUGUAGUGAGGGCCAGCCAACAAGAGCGUACAGGUCACAAUGGUGGGUAGUAUAUGGGGCUUUGGUGACAAAACGGAUCGCACUGUGAUAGACUACAUCCAAUUUGCUGAGUAGGGUGUUGGAGGCUAUUUUGUAAAUGACAUCGCCGAAGUCAACGAUCAGUAGGAUAGUCAGUUUUACGAGGGCAUGUUUGGCAGCAUGAGUGAAGGAGACUUUGUUGAGAAAUAGGAAGCCGAUUCUAGAUUUAACUUUGGAUUGGAGAUGCUUAAUGUGAGUCUGGAAGGAGAGUUUGCAGUCUAACCAGACACCUAGGUAUUUGUAGUUGUCCACAUACUCUAGGUUAGACCCACCGAGAGUAGUGAUUCUAGUCGGGGGGCGGGUGCAAGCAGCAUGGUUGAAGAGCAUGCAUUUAGUUUUACUAGUGUUUAAGAGCAGUUGGAGGCUACGGAAGGAGUGUUGUAUGGCAUUGAAGCUCAUUUGGAGGUUUGUUAACACAGUGUCCAAUGAAGGGCCAGAUGUAUACAAAAUGAUGUCGUCCGCAUAGAGGUGGAUCCGAGCGUCACCAGCAGCAAGAGCGACAUCAUUGAUAUACACGGAGAAUAGAGUCGGCCCGAGAAUUGAACCCUGUGGCACGCCCAUAGAGACGGCCAGAGGUCCAGACAACAGGCCCUCCGAUUUGACACAUUGAACUCUGAGAAGUAGUUGGUGAACCAGGCGAGGCAAUCAUUAGAGAAACCAAGGCUAUUUAGUCUGCCAAUAAGAAUGCGGUGGUUGACAGAGUCGAAAGCCUUGGCCAGGUCGAUGAAGACGGCUGCGCAGUACUGUCUUUUAUCGAUCCCGUUUAUAAUAUCGUUUAGGACCUUGUGCGUGGCUGAGGUGCACCCAUGACCAGCUCGGAAACCGGAUUGCAUAGCGGAGAAGGUACGGUGGGAUUCGAAAUGGUCGGUGAUCUGUUUAACUUGGCUUUCAAAUACUUUCGAAAGGCAGGGCAGGAUGGAUAUAGGUCUAUAACAGUUAGGAUCUAGAGUGUCACCCCCUUUGAAGAGGGGGUGACACCUCCACCUACUGUCAACCAAUCAUGUCAAUGCGGAGCUACAGUUGAAGUCAGAAGUUUACAUACACCUUAGCCAAAUACAGUGGGGAAAAAAAGUAUUUAGUCAGCCACCAAUUGUGCAAGUUCUCCCACUUAAAAAGAUGAGAGAGGCCUGUAAUUUUCAUCAUAGGUACACGUAAACUAUGACAGACAAAUUGAGAUUUUUUUUCUCCAGAAAAUCACAUUGUAGGAUUUUUAAUGAAUUUAUUAGCAAAUUAUGGUGGAAAAUAAGUAUUUGGUCACCUACAAACAAGCAAGAUUUCUGGCUCUCACAGACCUGUAACUUCUUCUUUAAGAGGCUCCUCUGUCCUCCACUCGUUACCUGUAUUAAUGGCACCUGUUUGAACUUGUUAUCAGUAUAAAAGACACCUGUCCACAACCUCAAACAGUCACACUCCAAACUCCACUAUGGCCAAGACCAAAGAGCUGUCAAAGGACACCAGAAACAAAAUUGUAGACCUGCACCAGGCUGGGAAGACUGAAUCUGCAAUAGGUAAGCAGCUUGGUUUGAAGAAAUCAACUGUGGGAGCAAUUAUUAGGAAAUGGAAGACAUACAAGACCACUGAUAAUCUCCCUCGAUCUGGGGCUCCACGCAAGAUCUCACCCCGUGGGGUCAAAAGGAUCACAAGAACGGUGAGCAAAAAUCCCAGAACCACACGGGGGGACCUAGUGAAUGACCUGCAGAGAGCUGGGACCAAAGUAACAAAGCCUACCAUCAGUAACACACUACGCCGCCAGGGAUUCAAAUCCUGCAGUGCCAGACGUGUCCCCCUGCUUAAGCCAGUACAUGUCCAGGCCCGUCUGAAGUUUGCUAGAGUGAAUUUGGAUGAUCCAGAAGAGAUUGGGAGAAUUUCAUAUGGUCAGAUGAAACCAAAAUAGAACUUUUUGGUGAAAACUCAACUCGUCGUGUUUGGAGGACAAAGAAUGCUGAGUUGCAUCCAAAGAACACCAUACCUACUGCGAAGCAUGGGGGUGGAAACAUCAUGCUUUGGGGCUGUUUUUCUGCAAAGGGACCAGGACGACUGAUCCGUGUAAAGGAAAGAAUGAAUGGGGCCAUGUAUCGUGAGAUUUGGAGUGAAAACCUCCUUCCAUCAGCAAGGGCAUUGAAGAUGAAACGUGGCUGGGUCUUUCAGCAUGACAAUGAUCACAAACACACCGCCCGGGCAAUGAAGGAGUGGCUUCGUAAGAAGCAUUUCAAGGUCCUGGAGUGGCCUAGCCAGUCUCCAGAUCUCAACCCCAUAGAAAAUCUUUGGAGGGAGUUGAAAGUCCGUGUUGCCCAGAGACAGCCCCAAAACAUCACUGCUCUAGAGGAGAUCUGCAUGGAGGAAUGGGCCAAAAUACCAGCAACAGUGUGUGAAAACCUUGUGAAGACUUACAGAAAACGUUUGACCUGUGCCAUUGCCAACAAAGGGUAUAUAACAAAGUAUUGAAAAACUUUUGUGAUUGACCAAAUACUUAUUUUCCACCAUUAUUUGCAAAUAAAGUCAUAAAAAAUCCUACAAUGUGAUUUUCUGGAAUUUUUUUCCUCAUUUUGUCUGUCAUAGUUGACGUGUACCUAUGAUGAAAAUUACAGGCCUCUCAUCUUUUUAAGUGGGAGAACUUGCACAAUUGGUGGCUGACUAAACUCAGUUUUUCACAAUUCCUGACAUUUAAUCUUCGUAAAAAUUCCCUGUCUUAGGUCAGUUAGGAUCACCACUUUAUUUUAAGAAUGUUAAAUGUCAGAAUAAUAGUAGAGAGAAUUAUUUAUUUCAGCUUUUAUUUCUUUCAUCACAUUCCCAGUGGGUCAGAAGUUUACAUACACUCAAUUAGUAUUUGGUAGCAUUGCCUUUAAAUUGUUUAACUUGGGUCAAACGUGUCGGGUAGCCUUCCACAAGCUUUCCACAAUAAGUUGGGUGAAUUUUGGCCCAUUCCUCCUGACAGAGCUGGUGUAACUGAGUCAGGUUUGUAGGCCUCCUUGCUCGCACACGCUUUUUCAGUUCUGCCGACAAAUGUUCUAUAGGAUUGAGGUCAGGGCUUUGUGAUGGCCACUCCAAUAUCUUGACUUUGUUGUCCUUAAGCCAUUUUGCCACAACUUUGGAAGUAUGCUUGGGGUCAUUGUCCAUUUGGAAGAGCCAUUUGCGACCAAGCUUUAACUUCCUGACUGAUGUCUUGAGAUGUUGCUGCAAUAUAUCCACAUAAUUUUCCUUCCUCAUGAUGCCAUCUAUUUUGUGAAAUGCACCAGUCCCUCCUGCAGCAAAGCACCCCCACAGCAUGAUGCUGCCACCCCCGUGCUUCACGGUUGGGAUGGUGUUCUUCGGCUCGCAAGGCACCCCCUUUUUCCUCCAAACAUAACGAUGGUCAUUAUGGCCAAACAGUUCUAUUUUUGUUUCAUCCGACCAGAGGACAUUUCUCCAAAAAGUACGGUCUUUGUCCCCAUGUGCAGUUGCAAACCGUGGUCUGGCUUUUUUAUGGUAGUUUUGGAGCAGUGGCUUCUUCCUUGCUGAGCAACCUUUCAGGUUAUGUCGAUAUAGGACUCGUUUUACUAUGGAUAUAGAUACUUUUGUACCGGUUUCCUCCAGCAUCUUCACAAGGUCCUUUGCUGUUGUUCUGGGAUUGAUUUGCACUUUUCACACCAAAGUACGUUAAUCUCUAGGAGACAGAACACGUCUCCCUCCUGAGCGGUAUUACAUUUUACUUUUACGUCAUUUAGCAGACGCUCUUAUCCAGAGCGACUUACAAAUUGUUGCAUUCACCUUAUGAUAGCCAGUGGGACAUCCACUUUACAAAUUAAAACAAAAAAAUAUUAUACAUUUUUUAAUCUUAAUUUUUAGAGUAUAUUUUUAAUUUUCUUUUGUUUUGUAUAUAUAUAUUUGUUGUAUUUUUUAAUAAUUUUUCCCUAAUUUUUUUGUCUUUUUAUUUUUUGUAAAAUAUGUAUUAUUUUAUCCUCGUAUUUUUGUUUUAUUAUUAUUAUUAUUAUUAUUUUAUUUUUUGUGGGGGUGGGGUAGGGGGUGGUAGAAGGAUUACUUUUAUACUAUCCCAGGUAUUCCUUAAAGAGGUAGGGUUUCAAGUGUCUCCGGAAGUUGGUCAGUGACUCCGCUGUCCUGGCGUCGUGAGGGAGCUUGUUCCACCAUUGGGGUGCCAGAGCAGCGAACAGUUUUGACUGGGCUGAGCGGGAACUGUGCUUCCGCAGAGGUAGGGGGACCAGCAGGCCAGAGGUGGAAGAACGCAAUGCCCUCGUUUGGGUGUAGGGACUGAUGACGGCUGCGUGGUCCCAUGGUGUUUAUACUUGCGUACUAUUGUUUGUUCAGAUGAACGUGGUACCUUCAGGCAUUCGGAAAUUGCUCCCAAGGAUGAACCAGACUUGUGGAGGUCAAAUUUUUUUCCCCUGAAGUCUUGGCUGAUUUUUUUUGACUUUCCCAUGAUGUCAAGCAAAGAGGCACUGAGUUUGAAGGUAGGCCUUGAAAUACAUCCACAGGUACACCUCCAAUUGACUCAAAUGAUGUCAAUUAGCCUAUCAGAAGCUUCUAAAGCCAUGACAUCAUUUUCUGGAAUUUUCCAAGCUGUUUAAAGGCAUAGUAAACUUAGUGUAUGUAAACUUCUGACCCACUGGAAUUGUGAUACAGUGAAUUAUAAGUUCAAUAAUCUGUCUGUAAACAGUUGUUGGAAAAAUUACUUGCCAUGCACAAAGUAGAUGUCCUAACCGACUUGCCAAAACUAUAGUUUGUUAACAAGAAAUUUGCGGAGUGGUUGAAAAACCAGAUUUAAUGACUCCAACCUAAGUGUAUGUAAACUUCCGACUUCAACUGUAUAUGGAGCCCUCCACAUUGUUACAACAUUUGGGAGGCGCUUCGCAUUGCGGUAAGGAGCUCAAUUUGGCCUCUGCAUGACUCUGGAGGCUCCGUAAUUGCGUCACACCCUCCAUAUGGAGCCUCCUACCACAUCUUCGGAUUAAGCAUAAAUGGGCUUUUAGUGGAAAAGGGAUCAAAGCAGAUAGUUAACCAAUAGCUACCCAGACUAACUAUUUAACAAUCUUAUGAAAAAAUGUCAAAUACUUAUGGCUUUGGGGGUAGAAGCUGUUUAGGGUCCGGUUGGUUCCACACUUGGUGCAUCGGUACGACUUUCUGUUCGGUAGCAUAGAGAACAGUCAAUGACUGGAGUGUUUGACAAUUUUAGGUCCUUCCUCUGUCACCGCCUGGUAUAGAGGUCCUGGAUGGCAGGGAGCUCGGCCCCAGGGAUGUACUGGGCCGUAUGCACUACCCUCUGUAGCGCCUUGCGGUGGCUGUCAAGCAGUUGCCAUACCAUGCGGUGAUGCAGCCAGUCAAAAUGCUCUCAGUGGUGCAGCUAUAGAAUUUGUUGAGCAUCUGAGGGCCCAUGCCAUUGUCGUGGCCUCUUCACAACUGUGUUAGUGUGUGUGAACCAUGAUAAUUCCUUAGUUAUGUGGACACUGAGGAACUUGAAGCUCUCGACCUGCUGCACUACAGCCCAGUCGAUGUGGAUGGGGGCGUGCUCAUCCCUCUGUUUCCUGUAGUCCACGAUCAGCUCCUUUGUCUUGCUGAGGGAGAGGUUGUUGUCUUGGCACCACACUGCCAGGUCUCUGAUCUCCUCCUUGUAGGCUGUCUCAUCGUUGUCGGCGAUCAGGCCUCCCACUGUCGUAAUGGAACUGAGUCAUGAUCAAGGGCUAGCUAGCAUCAUGUAAUGUGUUCACUGAUGUCCACAGAGGUGUUAGCUAGCUAUGUUCUUGGCCAGUUGAUAAUUCCCUUAAGAUUACAAUGGUGCUCUUUUUUGUUAUUCUAUUACCAGUGACCUGGGCCACGUUCAGUUGGAAAACAUUCUCUAACGUUGCAAAUAGAAGUUCCAUUAAUAGAGCUGACGUUAUUCCUUAUUCAACAUGUCAGAGAGGCAUGUUUGUUCUACAUAGCAUAUUUGUAUCUGAACGUUCCAAAACGUUGCGUCCUGCUGAACGUGUCCCGGGUAUUCAACUCGUAUCCAUCAUGUUUAGCUAGCAUUGAAACCGGAAAGAGUACCAGUAGAUAGUAGCUAGCUAGCUAGCUAGCUAGCUAGCUAGCUAGCUAGCUAUGGUAGAAACUACUGGUGAAUAACAAGCAAGCAAUCAAUAGCUAUUUAGAUAUCUAAUUUCUAUCAUAGUUAGGGUCAUAGCUAAUCACUGAAGUUUCAUGCUCUCGUUAUGUUGCGUUUCAAGUUCCAACUCUCAUGGAGUAACCUUCAGAUCAUGAUGCAACAAUGUGUCAUGUACACUCUGAUGGUGUUUGUUAUUGUUUCCCUCUAGCAUUCCCAGAGGACAGUGCCCACAGUGCCAGCGUUGUGGGCGACACAAGCCCAGCAGCGAUGGGCGUCCAGUCUGCCCAUGAACACUGUGGUUCUGUUUGUACCACAACAAGAAUCCUGGGUUGUGGAAAGGAUGGGCCGCUUCCAUCACAUCUUGGAGCCGGUAACUUAACUGCAAUUAGACAGUGAUCUGCACCCUUAAUUAUAUUGUCACAGUAUAUCACAGUAUAAAUACUGAAUAUAUAGUAAAUGGAUAAUUUUUGUGUCUUUCCUUCUUCUGGAUAUUCACAGGGCUUGAAUUUCCUUAUCCCAAUCCUGGACAAAAUUCGUUAUGUUCAAAGUCUUAAAGAGAUUGUUAUUGAUGUCCCAGAGCAGUCUGCGGUCUCUUUAGGUGAGUGACAUCACUGUGUUUGUCACUGUCAUUUUCAAUGCAAGUCGGUCCUCAUCAUUUUCACUGUCAGACAGUCAGUCCUCGGCUCUGGAUUAACUGUUGUCUGAUUACAUCCACAGAUAAUGUGACGCUACAGAUAGAUGGAGUACUCUAUCUUAGGAUAUUGGAUCCUUUUAAGGUAGGUUGGUGAAAACCAUGAUUUCUUGAUGUUAUUGUUCAUUGAAAGUUUUUGCUUUGUUUUUAGAUGUUGAUAACAAGAUGUACUUCCUUCCAGGCUAGCUAUGGAGUUGAGAACCCAGAGUAUGCUGUCACCCAACUUGCUCAGACCACCAUGCGCUCAGAACUAGGAAAACUGACCCUGGACAAAGUAUUCAGGGUGAGACUCAAAAUUGUGUUUCAAUGUGAACUUUUAUUUAUUUACCUCAUUUCCUUAUUGUUUUAUAUAUUUCUUUCUCCAGGAAAGAGAGACCCUAAAUACCAACAUAGUCCACUCCAUAAACCAGGCAUCAGAUGAUUGGGGAAUCCGUUGCCUUCGUUAUGAAAUCAAGGAUAUACAUGUUCCACCUCGUGUCAAAGAGUCCAUGCAGAUGCAGGUGAGAGGGGCUGGCCCUGCUGCCAACAAACUGGGAGACAGAUCUUGAACCUGAAACUAUCGCUGAACAAGAUCUAUAGAUGAGUGAUAAAUUGCACAUGAUUAGGACUUAGCCUAUGAGUUUUGUAUGUGUACAGUUGUACUAUCUUAAUUUGAACACACUGUUGUCGCAGAACAUUUUCCUGAAAUGCAAUCUUGUAGUGUAUUUUGAAGUCCUACUCCAGUCUCCUUUUCAGCUCAGUUAUCACCUGAUAAAUGUAUCACAUCUCAAUAGGUGGUCCAGGUAAAUCAUGACAUAGACAACUGCAAACUUCAAGAAGUAGGGCAUUCAAGGAGUUGGUCAGAUGGGGAUUCAUGAUGUUAUCGGCCUCCCCCCUUGCUUGAGGAACAAUAGAGGAGCAAUAUAGAACACUAUUUUUUUUACCCUUUAGUGUGUGUACUUUACUGGAUUUAUGCUUGGGAUAUCGCUUUUCAACAGCAAAAGUAAAACAAAUUCGCUGAAGGACGUCUUUAAAAAGUAUUUUAACGUUUAAUUUUUAACUUUUAAAUUUCAGACUUGAUUUGUCCUAACGAAAAAAUAUCAACCCCUACAAAAAUGUCCAUUAAUUAAAGUCCACAUAAUAAUUCAAAUGUCCUGUUGCUGCAGGAUUAUUUUCCUGCCGUGAGAAACUGGUCAAAUUAAAAUAGAACAUCUGUACACUCUUUCUGACUGCCUUUCAUUGUGUAGGUGGAGGCAGAGCGUAAGAAGAGAGCCACUGUGCUGGAGUCGGAAGGGCACAAGGAAGCAGCCAUCAAUGUUGCUGAGGGUCGCAAGCAAGCUCAGAUCCUGGCCUCGGAAGGACAGAAAGCAGAACAGAUCAACAGUGCAGCUGGUAGGCUGAUACACAUAUCUAUAUGACUUAAGGUCUUUGUUAACUACUGAUGAUGGUGUGGAAGUUGGACCAUUGUUUCUGUUGUAAAGACGGACAACUAAACCCUGUCUGAGCCAGAACGGCUCCUGUUUGCUUUAUCUAACUUAGUUGAAUGCACUGACUGUAAGUUGCUCCGGGUAAAUUACCACAAUGUAAAAUGUUUAUAUAACGUGAGGAAGCUUGAUGUACAAGUACACCCCCUGGACAGGACACUAGUCUCUGUCACCAUUUCUGAUGAAGGACUCUUAUCUUUAUCUUCACCUAGGUGAGGCCAAUGCUGUCUUAGCCAAAGCAGAGGCCAAGGCUAAGGCUAUCCGGCUGUUGUCAGAGGCUCUAGCUGAGCAGGUAAAGUAGCUGUGAUGGCUUCAUCAUGUGCAUGUAAGUGUGGACAUGUUGAUGUAUUGUGUCUAGAUGGCACAUGACACAACUGUCAUUGUGUUUUGGACAGAAUGGAAACGCGGCAGCUUCACUCAGUGUGGCUGAGCAGUACAUCUCAGCUUUCUCUAAGCUGGCCAAAGAGUCCAACACCAUCCUGCUGUCCUCCAACUCUGGUGACAUCAGUGGCAUGGUCACACAGGUCUGUCUCUGUUUCUUUAGCUAUUUAAUUACGUGUGAUUGCUCAGGCCAUCUUCCCUGUCCCUCCCUUUCAACACACUCCUGUCUCUCUCUUCUUAUUUCAGAACAGUAACAGUAUCUAUCUUUCCCUUCUCUUUAGGCUAUGGCUAUUUAUGGCAGCCUGGCCAAGCAGAGCUCAAAAAAUAUAGAACGUGUGAUCCCAGUGACCCCAGAGUGGGCGAUGGAGAAGAGUGAGGAGCCUGCGCCACCAGCCCAGUAGUGAAGGAUUUCAAGACCACUCAGAGUGGAGUCAAACACAGAACCAGAAGCAGUGCCAGACAACCACGAGGCUCCAUGGCAUUAUUGCCUGUUCAGCACCUCUACUGUCUGGCCCAAAGGACACGCUAUCUGCUGCAGGACAUAGAAACAGAAGGACAGGAUAAGAACGUAAAGACUUUGGGAAUGCUUAAAAGCCUGGAAACAUCAACCCAUUUGGGAGGGUACAUGUCACUUACACAUUGUUUUAUUUUGAUUGAUUGUUAUUGCACACAGUACAUACAUGCAUACAUACACAUGUUCCAAUUGUAAAUCCACGAGCUGUCGUAUUGAUACUCUUCUCUUGCAUCAAAAUAUCAAAAGACUGCGAUGGUUGGUAAACUACUAGCCUGGUUUAGAGCGUUCUGAAUUACCUCCUUCAUGCUCCUGAGUAAUAGGAUAGGAUAUGAUCUCUUUAAGUGAUGUACUGUUGCAAUGAUAAUCUCCUGUCUUUUACAUGUCCAACUAUUUGUCCUUCAUAUGUUUUCAUUUCAUAGUGUCAUGAAUGUUUUAGUUCAUGUGAGAGCUUGUGCCCUGACAUUAAGAGCCUCCCAGCUUCAGAGCAAGCAGAAAAGGGAACAAGAUCAGAUAUGAAUAGAUGUUAGAAUGCAGUCUCCCCUGUAAUACUUUCAAUUUGUGUAGAUUCUAUUUAUCUACAUUAUUUUAGUCCCUGGACAUUUUUUGGGGUUGGGGUAGGUGGGUUGAAACUGUCUGAACUAAGUAAAGUUGUCACCAAAAGUACUUGUAAGAAAAUUACCUCAGAUCAAAAUACAUUAUGGAAAUGCAACGUUUUAUUUCACAUCAAUACCAGAUCGGAAAUGUCCUCUGUUUCAGGAAGGUUUGACACAACAUAGGAAAUGUAUCUAUACAAUGACAAUACACUAUCCUGACCAAUAGACCAAUAAUGGCCUUCCAUGUUCAUGAGGAUGCUGUCACUAUUAAAUGAUUUUUGACUGGCUUUAGGGAAGAUUGUAACACACCUCAUCACAAUACAUCUUGGGAAAUGAUUGGUUUGAAUGAUUUGUAAGUGUACACAGCAGGGAUUUCAUAUUUUUAGUUUUUCCAUAUUUGUCAUUACAGUAAAUAUACAUACAAAAGUCAUACACUCUGAAAAUUAAAAUGAUCUCAGUAAAAUUUCUCCAAA